UCAAGGAAGUUCAGAUGUAUUUUGAUGUCUCAGCUGCUUCAUUUGUGCCUGCCAGUAUCAGGAACCUGUGCAAAGGGCUAGAUUUUCUUACUAGCUGCCAAUGCUAGAUCUUUUUCUACCUUUUUGUUCUGAAGCUUUUCUUUUUACCAGCUAUGACAGAAGUAACAUAUGCUAAUCUCAGAUUUAAAAACAACCAUGAACUGGAUAAUAUCACAGAGCUCAAAGAUACUAAGGAAAAAGGAUCUCCCACUUCAUUCCGCUCUUGCUGGCCAGCAGUCCUGAUUUUGCUCAUUUUGUGCCUGACAUUGCUGAUGGCGCUGGUGACCCUGGCAGUUUUAUUUUUCCAGAUUUCUAAGGACUACAGAACACAACUUAGAGACCUCAACAUGACAAAGAAUGAGCUGCAUGCAAAUUUCUCCAACGUGCUGCAAGCAAUAGGAAAUCAGCUAUGCCUGGAAGGGGAAACGAACCUUGAAAAUAAUGGCCAGAACUGCGUACUCUGCCCCACAAACUGGAACUGGAAAGGUGGUGAUACGUGUUACUACCACUCCGUGGAAAAGAAGUCGUGGAAACAGAGUCUCCAACUAUGUUCCUCACAAAACUCUACUCUUCUUCUGAUUAAGCAGAAAGAAAAGCUGGAAUUGACAAAAUAUUUCCCUGAAGUAGAAUACUGGAUUGGAUUUAGAAUUGAGCAGAGUAUCUGGUAUUGGGCAGACAACACCACUCUUACAGAACAACAGAAGUCUUGGGUAAAGCCUAGGUACUACUACCAGGGCUGUGGAUCGGUUUAUUAUACUACCAUAUAUUUCAAAUCAUGUAAAGAAGAGCUUCGCUAUAUCUGUGAAAAGCCUGCCAUCCAAUUACAGCGAUGUAACAACUCUUGUCAGGAGGGCUGGUUUGUCAGAUCAAAUGAUUAUGAGAAGCUAGAAGAUGUUCCGCAAGACAUGUAAAAAUAUCUUCAUAUUAAGGAAAUGGGCAGGAUGGCAGGCUCCAGGAGCACCCCAAGUCUGUCAUUCCAGAUGGAACACGGCCAAAUGAUUACUUAGUUUUAACCAACACAAUUGAUGGACAAAAUGGCCAAAAGUGAUGGCCAGGAAAAAAAAGUACAGGGACAAGCA